AUGGAUGGAAACCGACGGUAUGCAAAAGAGAACGGCAUAUCCAUCGCCUCGGGUUAUUUAGCUGGUGCAAAAGCUCUAGUAAAGAUCAUGGAUACAUGCUUUGACUGCGGAGUCAACGUUAUAUCCCUCUACGCUUUCAGCCUUGAAAACUUCAACAGACCGAAAGAGCAGGUCGAUGUUCUUAUGAAGUUGCUAGAAGGGUCAGUUGGAGAAAUGGGCGAGAAUGAUCCAUUGGUGAAGAAGCACAAUCUCAGAAUCCGGGUCUUGGGUCGUUUGGAAUUGCUAGAAGAUAACGUUUUAAGGGCUAUUUCCAAGACUAUGAAUGCUACAAAAAAUAACCGUGGCAAGGUUGUGAAUAUCUGUGUCGCUUAUACUGCCAGGGAUGAGAUUGCCUCUGCUAUCAGGGAGACUGUUGCUGACUCUGCCUUCCCUGCCAAGAUCACGGCAAAGUCUUUGACAGAGAAUAUGUUUAUGGGAUUUCCCCCACUGGACCUUCUGGUACUGCCACCAAGAUACUGA